UGGGAUCUGGAGGAGGAGGUGGUGGUGGCGGUGGUGGAACAAGAGGCACCGAAGGGAAGGUUGACCAUGAGGAGAUUUAAAAAGGUGCUGGACGGCCUGACAGCCGUAUCCUCCUCCUCUUCGUCGUCUUCUUCAUCCCAACCUGGAAUCAGGGAGGUGGACAUCCCAGAGACCCUCCAGUCCGAGCACUUCCAGCUCUGCAAGACGGUUCGUCAUGGAUUCCCCUUCGAGCCUUCCGCUAUGGCAUUUGACCCGGUGCAGAAGAUUCUUGCAAUUGGCACAAACCAUGGAGCUCUCAGGCUGUUUGGGCGGCCAGGAGUUGAGUCUUAUUGCCAGCAUGACAGUGGUUCUACAGUAAUCCAGCUUCAGUUUCUGGUUAAUGAGGGAGCACUUGUGAGUGCCUUGACGGAUGACACCUUACACCUUUGGAAUCUACGACAGAAGAGGCCUGCCAUACUGCAUUCAUUGAAAUUUAGUAAAGAAAGGAUAACAUGUUGUCACCUGCCUUUCCAGAGCAAAUGGCUCUACGUGGGCACAGAAAGAGGAAACAUUCACAUUGUCAACGUGGAGUCGUUCACGCUCUCAGGCUACGUCAUCAUGUGGAAUAAAGCCAUUGAACUUUCAUCAAAAUCACACCCAGGACCUGUUGUCCACAUAAGUGAUAAUCCGAUGGAUGAAGGGAAGCUACUGAUUGGUUAUGAGUCAGGCACAGUAGUGUUAUGGGAUCUCAAGUCUAAAAGGGCGGACUACAGAUACACAUAUGAUGAGGCAAUCCAUUCUGUUGCUUGGCACCAUGAAGGAAAGCAGUUCAUCUGUAGUCAUUCAGAUGGCACCUUGACAAUAUGGAAUGUACGAUCUGCCAAGCCUAUACAGACAAUUGUACCACAUGGUAAACAGAUAAAAGAUGGAAAGAAGCCAGAACCAUGCAAGCCUAUCCUGAAAGUGGAAUUCAAAACAACAAGAUAUGGGGAGCCUUUUAUUAUCCUAUCAGGUGGCCUGUCCUAUGAUACAGUUGGAAGAAGACCUUGCCUAACCGUCAUGCAUGGAAAAAGCACAGCUGUCUUAGAAAUGGAUUAUCGAAUUGUGGAUUUUCUUACACUUUGUGAAACUCCCUAUCCUAAUGAUUUCCAGGAACCUUAUGCUGUAGUUGUACUUCUGGAACAAGAUUUAGUGGUUAUAGAUCUUGCACAAACUGGAUAUCCUAUAUUUGAAAACCCUUAUCCACUGAACAUUCAUGAGUCACCUGUAACGUGCUGUGAGUACUUUGCAGACUGCCCCGCAGACCUUAUCCCUGCACUUUAUUAUGCUGGGGGCCGGCAAAAACGAAAGGGUUACAGUAGAAAGGAAUGGCCUAUCAAUGGUGGUAACUGGGGCAUUGGCGCACAAAGUUAUCCAGAGAUAAUAAUCACAGGUCAUGCAGAUGGAUCGAUCAAAUUUUGGGAUGCUUCAGCAAUAAACUUGCAAAUGCUGUACAAAUUAAAGACAGCAAAAGUGUUUGAGAAAUCGCGAAACAAAGAGGACAAGGCCAACACGGACAUUGUAGAUGAAGAUCCCUAUGCCAUCCAGAUGAUUUCCUGCUGCCCUGAAAGCAGGAUACUAUGUGUGGCAGGUGUUUCAGCCCAUGUUAUCAUCUAUAGGUUCAGCAAACAGGAAGUGACAACAGAGGUCAUACCGAUGCUGGAAGUGCGAUUGCUGUAUGAAAUCAAUGACCUAGAGUCUCCAGAUAUAGAACAAGUGCCAACACCCAGUGGAGGACACAACCCCCAGCCCAUUGUUCUCCAAUCUCACCCAUCCACAAGUAGUAGUUCUUCUGAUGGUAUCCGUGACAAUGUACCUUGUUUAAAAGUUAAAAGCACUCCUUUAAAGCAGUCAUCUGGCUAUCAAGUAGAACUGGUGAUACAACUUGUGUGGGUCAGCGGGGAACCUCCUCAGCAAAUAACAAGCCUGGCUGUUAACUCCUCCUAUGGCCUAGUAGCAUUUGGCAACUGUAAUGGUAUUGCAAUGGUAGAUUAUAUGCAGAAGACAGUUCUGUUGAAUCUUGGUACAAUUGAACUAUAUGGCUCAAAUGACCCAUACCAGAGGCAACCACGCUCUCCACGCAAAACACGGCAACCCUCAGGAGCAGGUCUUUCUGACAUUAAUGAGAGCACGCCAACCUCAGAGGAUCGCUGCAAAUCCCCCACCUCAGGUUGUGGCUCUCCUACAACUUCUGAUGAUGAACAAACAAUGAAAUUAUUUAUAGAAAAGGUGAAGAUCAAGGGCAGAAAAAUUUCCAGGGCGGUAGCAACUGAUAUAGCAAAGAUGUCAAGGAAGUUAAGCCUACCUACCGAGUUAAAGCCUGAACUAGAUGUCCGAGACAAUUCCUUUAGCCGGUCACGGAGUUCAAGUGUGACCAGCAUAGAUAAAGAAUCACGAGAGGCAAUAUCUGCUCUUCAUUUCUGUGAGACUUUUACCAGGAAACCUGACUUAUCUACGUCAUCAUGCUUAUGGGUUGGGACCACGCUAGGUACUGUGUUGGUCAUUGUUUUAGGCUUGCCACCAUCCGGAGAGCAAAGACUUCUUCAGCCUGUCAUUGUAUCUUCAAGUGGAACAAUACUGAGGCUAAAGGGCGCAAUCUUAAGGAUGGCAUUUUUAGACUCUCAAGGAGUUAUAAUUCCACCAGCAUGUGAACCCUGGAGAGAACCGAAUGCACCUGAAGAUAAGGAUGACAGGGAGCGAUUGAAAAAACGGAGGCCAGUUUCGGUGUCGCCCUCCUCGUCUCAGGAAAUUGGUGAAAACCAAUAUGCAGUGAUAUGUUCUGAAAAGCAGGCAAAAGUUAUCUUACUGCCCUCCCAGAACUGCAUUCAUAAACACAACAUAACCGAGACUUCUUUUGUCCUCCGUGGAGAUAUAGUGUCACUGGGUACUAGUCCCUGCCUUGCAUGUUUCUGUGCCAAUGGACACAUUAUGACUUUUAGUUUGCCAAGUUUAAGGCCGUUGUUGGAUGUAAAUUAUUUGCCGAUAACCAACAUGAGGAUAGCCCGAACGUUCUGCUUCGCGAACAAUGGGCAGGCGUUAUAUCUGGUCUCAGCUACUGAAAUGCAGAGAAUGACCUACAGCCAAGAAACCUGUGAGAACCUACAGGAAAUGCUAGGGGAACUGUUCACACCAGUUGAAACACCAGAAGCCCCUAACCGAGGGUUCUUCAAAGGCUUGUUUGGGGGUGGAGCACAAUCACUUGACCGAGAAGACCUCUUUGGAGAAACAGCAUCUGGGAAAGCAUCAAGGGGCCUUGCUCAGCACAUUCCUGGAUCUGGGGGCAUUGAAGGAGUUAAAGGAGCAGCAUCUGGGGUUGCUGGUGACUUAGCACGGGCUAGGUUGGCCCUGGACGAAAGAGGACAGAAACUAGGAGAGUUAGAAGAUAAGACAGCUGCCAUGCUCAACAGUGCAGACUCCUUCUCAAAGCAAGCUCAUGAGAUGAUGAUGAAAUGCAAAGAAAAGAAGUGGUAUCAAUUCUGAUAAACCAGACCCAAAUAUAUCUGUUUGACUUCACCAGGAAGAAAGAUUUUAACGAAAACACACAUCCAUUUUUCUCAACAUUUCUUUCUGCAGGACAGUUGGGAUCAAGGGAUGUGCAUUCAUUUUGGUUACUGUUUCCUAGCACAAAUCAAAUACUGUCUUACCUCAGUCUCGUGGCUUUAACUGAGGAGCAUUACAUCCAAACAGAAAGAAUCUCAGUAUUUUCUCCAAGCUGUGUUAUGAGGGACAAGACAGGAAGAGUGCAGCCAGCAAUUUAGGUAGUGUGAGAUGACCCAAGCAAAAAUGACCGAGAGAAAAUUGUUUUUGUUAUGUUUUUUUCAUUUCUUUGUUAAUAUUUUGUGCUUUUUAAUUUUUGUCUUUACGGGUGUUUCACUUUUCUUAACAACAGAAAAAAAUGGCGUUAUCGAACGUUAUAUCUGGACUACUAGCAUCUGCUGUCUGUUGGUUUGCCCACAGAUUUCACUGGUUCUUAUGGGACAUAUAAUAUAAUUCUGUAUUAACUGCAGUAACUGCACAAGUGAGGCCGGAGAGAUACCUUCAUCUGCAGAAAAUGAUUGGUCACUUUCCCCGAUUUCAAAGGCACUUUGACCAUGACAUAUUUAUUUUUCAUGUCUACAUCGUUGUAGAGUUAAUACCUGUUGAAUCAGAUU